AUGCCUGUCCUUAACCUUUCUGAGCUGAACAUUGUUCUCGGCGUCUUGGGCGCUUUUAUGGUGCUUUACGGCAUCAUCUCUGUCAAGAUCAAGCAGGCUUGGUACCUUGGCGAGGCCCUACCCGCCGUCUUCUUUGGAGUCAUCCUCGGACCUAUAGCAGCAAAGUUCAUCGAAAGCGAGAAAUGGGGCUCCGCCGAGCCAGGUCAGACCAGCGCCAUCACCCUGGGCCUCGCUCGAGUUAUGAUUGGAGUGCAACUCGUGAUAGCAGGUUAUCAACUCCCAGCCAAAUAUGGACUCACUCGGUGGAAAGAGAUGGCUCUCUGCCUGCUCCCCAUCAUGACUGUAAUGUGGUUAUGUACUACCGCGUGUAUAAUGGUCACCAUCCCCAACUUGACUCUCCUCGCCGCCCUCGUCAUCGGAUCCUGCGUGACGUGCACUGAUCCAAUUUUGAGUCAAGCUAUCGCUAAAGGGCCCUUUGCCGACAAAUAUGUGGCUCGCCCCCUUCGUGAGGUCAUUUCCGCCGAGGCUGGUGCCAACGAUGGCUUCGGCUUUCCCUUCCUUAUGCUCGCAACAUAUUUGAUCCAACAUGCCGAGAACCCCCCUGCUGCAGCUGGAGCUGUCGCCGAAGGAGUUAGCGGAGUUGAUGCAGGCCAUGCUCUGAUGGCACGCGCUGGCGAGGUUGGGCGUCUCGGUGGCGGCGUGGGAGUGGCCAUGGCGAACUGGUUCGUUGAGACAUGGCUAUACACCAUUGCUUUAUCUAUCGUAUAUGGUGCUGUCCUCGGUUACGGAUCAUGCAAGGCUAUCAAAUUUGCACUCAAGUCUAAAUGGAUCGACGAAGAAUCUUAUGUUCUUUUCCCAACCGCCCUUGGCCUUUUCACUAUUGGUACAUGCGGAGCUAUCGGCACGGACGAUCUCCUUGCCUGCUUCGUUGCUGGCAUGGCUCUGAAUUGGGAUGGAAACUACCUGCGCGAGACCGAUCGCCGUCACGACGAAGUCAACUCAUGUGUUGAUGUACUACUCAACUUUGGAGGCUUCAUGUAUAUCGGUGCUAUUCUGCCUUGGGGAGACUUCCACAACCCGACUGGGACUGGAAUUACAUGGGGAAGGCUUAUUGGACUUGGUCUCCUCGUCCUUGUCUUCCGUCGUCUGCCUGCUAUUUUCGCCUUCUACAAGCUCAUGCCCGACGUCUGCACCAACUGGAAGGAGGCUCUAUUUAUGGGAUACUUCGGACCUAUCGGUGCUGGUGCUGUCUUCUAUGUUGAGCAUGCCAGGCAUCUAUUCCCCCACGAGGGCGAAGGUGAUGAAGAGGAGACGAACCUCGUUCGUGCGAUGGGCCCCGUUGUCUACUUCCUGGUUCUCUUCUCCAUCAUUGUCCACGGGCUUUCUAUCCCAGCCCUCAAUAUCUUCUAUCACUACACUGGAAAGGCACCUAUUCGGGAAGAUGCUGUUGAGAUGAGACGCCUCUCUGUGCGAGUUGCGACUCCUCCCAAUGCUAUCGCAGGAGACAAGGAUACUUUUAUUGCGUACAACCGCUUCAGUCGUCAUGUGGAUCCUAGUGCAGUCAACCUUCCAUCCACAAAAUCUCUGGACGAUCACUCGGACGAUGAGGAGCUUGGCAAGGGGCAGAAGCCCGGUAUCGCGUUUGUUUAA